AUGGCGGGACCGCAGUCUCUGGCGCUGCAGCUGGAGCAGUUGUUGAACCCGCGACCGCGCGAAGCGGAUCCUGAGGCCGAGCCGGAGGAGGCCACUGCUGCCAAAGUGAUUGACAGGUUUGAUGAAGGGGAAGAUGGGGAAGGUGAUUAUCAGGCGGUGGGUAGCAUUCGAAAGCUGGCAUCAGCCUCCCUCUUGGACACAGACAAGAGAUAUUCUGGCAAGACCACGUCUAGAAAAGCUUGGAAGGAAGACCAAUGGGAGCAGCCUCUGUCAGGCUCAUCUGAUAAAGAAAUAUCUGAUGAGGACGGGUCUGCAGAUGGAGAUUCAGAGGACCUGGGCCUGGAGGAGUCCGAUGAGGAAGCCAUGAGUUCUGAGGAUCAGGAGGGCGGGGAUGAGGGGGACAGCAGCCUGACCUGGAAGAAGAGGAGUGGGAGCCACUCACGGACAUCGUCGGGCUUCAGUGUCCAGAGCAUCAGUGACUUUGAAAAAUUUACUGAGGGGAUGGACGACCUUGGUAGCAGUGAGGAAGAAGAGGACGAUGAGGAGGAGAGUGGUUUGGAAGAAGGGGAAGGUGAGGAAGACUUUGAAGAUGUGAGUGAGGAAGACAAGGCCGAAGACAGGGCCAGUGAGGACGACGGGGUGGUAAUGACCUUCUCUGAGGCCAGAGUUUCUGAGGAGGUGGAGAAAGGCCGAGCUGUGAAGAAUCAGAUAGCACUGUGGGAUCAGCUCUUGGAAGGAAGGAUAAAGUUACAAAAGGCUCUGCUGACCACCAAUCAGCUUCCUCAACCAGAUGUUUUCCCUGUCUUCAAGGACAAAGGUGGCCCAGAAUUUGCCAGCGCCCUGAAAAACAGUCACAAGGCACUUAAAGCACUGUUGAGGUCAUUGGUGGAUCUCCAGGAAGAGUUGCUUUUCCAGUACCCAGACACUAGGUAUCUCGUAGAUGGUACAAAACCCAAAGCAGAAAGUGAAGAGGAGAUUUCCAGUGACAAUGAAGAGCUCAUAGAGGAGAAGCAGCAGCCGCAGAGGAGGGGCCCAGCAAAGAGGAAGCUGGAGACGGAGGACUACCCCAGCUUCAUGGCGAAGCGCUUUGCCGACUUCACUGUCUACAGGAACCGAACGCUCCAGAAAUGGCACGAUAAGACCAAGCUGGCUUCCGGAAAACUGGGGAAGGCAAGCAAAUGGCACGAUAAGACCAAGCUGGCUUCCGGAAAACUGGGGAAGGCAAGCGGAUUUGGUGCCUUUGAACGCUCAAUCUUGACUCAGAUCGAUCAUAUUCUGAUGGACAAAGAAAGAUUACUUCGAAGGACACAGACCAAGCGUUCUGUCUACCGAGUUCUUGGCAAACCUGAGCCAGCAGCCCAGCCUGUCCCGGAGAGUCUGCCAGGGCAGCCGGAGAUCCUUCCUGAGGCCCCUGCCAAUGCCCACCUGAAGGACUUGGAUGAAGAAAUCUUUGAUGAUGAUGACUUUUAUCACCAGCUCCUCCGAGAACUCAUAGAACGGAAGACCAGCUCCUUGGACCCCAAUGAUCAGGUGGCCAUGGGAAGGCAGUGGCUUGCAAUCCAGAAGCUAAGAAGCAAAAUCCACAAGAAAGUAGAUAGAAAAGCCAGCAAAGGAAGGAAACUUCGGUUUCAUGUGCUUAGCAAGCUGCUGAGCUUCAUGGCACCUAUUGACCAUACCACAAUGAAUGAUGACGCCAGGACAGAGCUAUAUCGAUCCCUUUUUGGCCAACUCAACCCCCGUGAUGACGGCCAUGGGGCCUGA